CGCCAUCAUUUUCCUCCGCCAAAAUAAAAUCCCCACAAACCCUACUCUCAUUUUCCCGUCUCUCAGCCGCCUCUAACCCUUCGGUUCUUCCCCAGAUCCACACCAAUCCAAAAAUGACAACCCGCUUCAAGAAGAACCGCAAGAAGCGCGGCCACGUGAGCGCCGGUCACGGUCGUAUCGGAAAGCACCGCAAGCACCCGGGAGGUCGCGGAAACGCCGGAGGCAUGCAUCAUCACAGGAUCCUCUUCGACAAGUACCACCCUGGCUAUUUCGGGAAAGUGGGUAUGAGGUACUUCCACAAGCUCCGCAACAAGUUCUACUGCCCCAUCGUCAACAUCGAUAAGCUCUGGUCUCUUGUUCCACAGGACGUGAAGGCAAAAGCCAACAAGGAUGCGGCGCCGAUGAUCGACGUGACCCAGUACGGGUACUUCAAGGUCCUCGGAAAAGGUGUGUUGCCUGAGAAUCAACCCAUCGUGGUCAAGGCUAAGUUGGUGUCCAAAACUGCUGAGAAGAAGAUCAAGGAGGCUGGUGGUGCUGUUCUGCUUAGCGCCUAGGUUAGGUUUUUUGUUUUAGUUUUUGGAUCUGAAUGACAUUUCUGUUAUAUUAUUAUCUUACGUUGUUUGGAGUUAUUUUUGAAAUGAGAUUUUAUAGUUUGGCUCAAUUAUAUAUCGUAUGUGUGCUAAGAUUUGAGUUAUUAUGUUUAUUUUGCUGUGUCUUGCAUUGUUGAAUUUCGUCAAUCUAGUUAUAUAAUGUACAUUAGUAGUUGCAAUUUAAGUCGAACAAUAAACUAGCCUUGGAUGCAAUUGGGGUAACAUUAUUAUUUGUGGGAUUUGAUAAGCUUUACCUGCUCA